AUUUAAAUUUAAAAAACAGAAAAAUACCGGCAACAAUCUUCUCAUUCUAAUUGUGAAACAACGUUGUAUUCUUGAUUUAAGAAAAAAAUUAAUCAUUAAUCAUGUUAUAUCGUACAUCUCUUACCAAGCCAUAUCUUGGUGUUUGGCGUUGGUCGUUGAAUAGUAAAAAUUCACGAUGUUUUGCAUCAGCUGCCGUACCAAUGAGCCGUUUCGAUAAUGAACCGAUGCCAUAUACAAAAUUGAGUGAAAAUUUAAAAAUAGUUCGUGAUCGAUUGCAACGACCAUUGACUUUAUCGGAAAAAAUUCUUUAUUCACAUUUGGACAAUGCACGUGAACAGGACAUUGAACGUGGUACAAGUUAUUUACGAUUACGACCUGAUCGUGUUGCUAUGCAAGAUGCCACAGCUCAGAUGGCAUUGUUACAAUUUAUUUCCAGUGGUUUAGCUCGUGUUGCCGUUCCUAGUACGGUUCAUUGCGAUCAUUUGAUUGAAGCACAAAUUGGUGGUGCUGAAGAUCUGAAACGUGCCAUUAAAAUCAAUGAAGAAGUGUACAAUUUUCUCAGUACUGCUUCAGCUAAAUAUGGUGUUGGUUUCUGGAAACCUGGUAGCGGUAUCAUUCAUCAGAUCAUCCUUGAAAAUUAUGCCUUUCCUGGCGUUCUUUUAAUCGGAACCGAUAGUCAUACCGUGAAUGGUGGUGGUCUAGGAGGACUUUGCAUUGGUGUUGGUGGUGCUGAUGCCGUAGAUGUAAUGGCCAAUAUUCCGUGGGAACUUAAAUGUCCUCAAGUGAUUGGUAUUAAAUUAACAGGCAAAUUAAAUGGAUGGACAUCAUCGAAAGAUGUUAUAUUGAAAGUAGCUGAUAUACUUACCGUAAAAGGUGGUACUGGUUCCAUUGUCGAAUAUUUUGGUCCAGGUGUCGAUUCGAUAAGCUGCACUGGUAUGGGAACGAUCUGUAAUAUGGGCGCCGAGAUUGGUGCCACAACAUCGGUUUUCCCUUACAAUUCUCGAAUGAGAGAUUAUCUGGUAUCGACGAAUCGAAAACCUAUUGCUGAUUUGGCCGAUCAAAAUCGUGGGCUAUUGUCGGCUGAUCCUGAAUGUAAAUACGAUCGAAUCAUUGAAAUUGAUCUGGAUACUCUUGAACCACAUGUUAAUGGUCCAUUCACACCGGAUUUGGCUCAUCCAAUCUCAAAAUUGGGUGAGAAUGCCAAAAAGAAUGGUUAUCCAUUAGAAGUUAAAGUUGGUCUUAUUGGCAGCUGUACGAAUAGUAGCUACGAAGAUAUGAAUCGAUCGGUCAGUCUAGCAAAACAGGCAUUGAAUCAUGGCCUGAAAAGUAAAUCAAUCUUUACCGUGACACCAGGCUCUGAACAAAUUCGAGCGACAAUCGAACGUGAUGGUCAAGCAAAAGUACUUCGUGAAUUUGGUGGCAUUGUUUUGGCCAAUGCUUGUGGCCCAUGUAUUGGACAAUGGGAUCGUAAAGACAUUAAAAAAGGUGAAAAAAACACAAUCGUCUCAUCUUAUAAUCGAAACUUUACUGGCCGUAAUGACGCCAAUCCUGCAACACAUGCAUUUGUAACAUCACCAGAAUUGGUCACAGCUCUUUCGAUUGCUGGUCGUUUAGAUUUUAAUCCAUUGACCGAUGAAUUAACUGGUGCUGAUGGCAAAAAAUUUAAAUUAGAACCACCUACCGGUGAUGAAUUACCUAAAGAUGGUUUUGAUCCUGGUCACGAUACUUAUCAAGCUCCACCAAAAGCUGGCUCAGAAACUCAGGUACAAGUUGAUCCAAAAUCCGAUCGUUUGCAGCUACUAUCACCAUUCGAUAAAUGGGAUGGUAAAGAUCUUGAAGAUAUGGUUAUUUUAAUCAAAAUCAAAGGUAAAUGUACCACCGAUCAUAUCAGUAUGGCUGGUCCUUGGCUCAAAUAUCGAGGUCAUUUGGAUAACAUCUCUAACAAUAUGUUUAUCGGUGCUAUCAACUCUGAAAAUAACGAGGCCAAUAAAGUUCGUAAUUUAGUCAAUGGUGAAUGGGGACCGGUGCCUGAUACAGCUCGAUUCUAUAAAUCAAAAAAUAUGAAAUGGGUUGCCAUCGGUGAAGAAAACUAUGGUGAAGGUAGUAGUAGAGAACAUGCUGCAUUGGAACCAAGACAUCUUGGUGGACGUGCCAUUAUCACGAAAAGCUUUGCUCGUAUCCAUGAAACCAAUUUGAAAAAACAAGGCCUAUUACCACUUACAUUUGCCAAUCCAGCUGAUUAUGAUAAAAUCCAACCAGAUAGUCGAAUUUCAUUGGUGGAUCUAAAAAAUCUGGCACCUGGAACGCCUGUCAAAUGUAUCAUUAAACAAAAAGAUGGAAAAACCGAAACCAUCACGUUAAAUCAUACAAUGAAUGAUCUUCAAAUUGAAUGGUUCAAAGCUGGUAGUGCAUUGAAUCGAAUGGCCGAAUUAUUGAAAUGAAACAAAAAAACCACCUCUGAUUACUAAUCAACUAAAUGAUGAAUUGUAGAAUUGAA